UCGAGCCGCGGCAGACGGCCAAAGGUUACACACGCAGCGCUCCUCUCACCCGUGCCUGGAUAAACCUCCGUUUCCCGCUGUUCUCCGCCUCAUUCGCGUGAUAUAACGCAAACGACAAGCUCUGGACUUUCUCGAGAGAGCGACCUGGCCGUGGUGUCGGAUGUAGACUCGGCUCAGAGCCUACGGUCCCCCCUUCUCUCCGCUCCACACACCGCUGGCCUUCUAGCAUUUCUCCACAGCCGGGAAAGAGGCGCUGGUCGCGGGUAUGGAUGCCGUGUGGAUGCUGCCUGCGCUGCUGGUGCUCCCGCUCCUAUUAUGGACCAGCAGCACUUUUGUUUUCUAUUUCAAAAAGUGCUUUUAUGUGGCAUACAUGAUGCUGCUGGCCGUCAUCGCCAUACCGAUUUGCAUUCUGAAAAGCGGCGGUAGAGACAUUGAGAAUAUGAGGGUCAUACGGUUUUUGGUCCGUCAUGUCAAAUACUUCAUGGGUCUGCGCUAUCAGGUCAGCGGCUGGGAGCAUCUACAGACAGACGGACCGUACGUCAUCAUCUCGAACCACCAAUCAUCACUCGACGUGCUUGGUAUGGUGGAGAUAUUACCAGACCGCUGCACGAUGAUCGCUAAGAAAGAGCUGAUAUGGGCUGGGACAGUGGGCAUGAUUUGCUGGCUGGGAGGAAUUGUCUUCAUCAACCGCAAAAAGACCAGCGACGCCAAGAACGUCAUGAGUGACGCUGCUAAAACCAUGUUGACCGACAAGAUCCGAUUGUGGGUGUUUCCGGAAGGCACGCGGAAUCAGAACGGUGGACUUUUGCCUUUUAAAAAGGGAGCGUUUCAUCUGGCCAUUCAAGCACAGGUUCCCAUCAUACCCAUUGUGUUCUCUUCCUACAGCAAAUUCUACCUUCGAAAAGAGAAAGAGUUCAAAUCAGGAACGAUCACUCUGAAAGUCCUUCCAAAGAUCGAGACGAAGGGUCUGACAGCGGAUGACGUGACGACGCUCUCCGACCAGGCAUUUGGCGUCAUGCAUUCCGCAUUCCUGGAGAUUUCGGGCCAGUCCACCCAGAGCAACGGCCCGUCCACCCAUUGAGCUCCACUGUAGCGCAAUUUUCAUUCGCUCCGACAACACGGGAUGGCUUGAGAACACAGCGUUUUCGUCCCAGUGGUGUGACGUCAACCACGACCAGCAGGCGCUUUUCGUGUCUUCUCCGACGUGUCCAUACAGACAAACACAAGCAUUCACGUUGACUACAGUACAUACAACAGAUGAUAUUUAGCCUAGUUUUAAAAAUCCCACCCCCGUCGGGACGUUAAAGCAACAGGAGCGGAGUUUUCUCUUUGUUGGCUUUCUUCCGAUGUUGGUUCGGCUCGGACUGCUUUUUUUUUUUUUCGGAGCGACGCCUUGAGAACAUUGUGGAUUUGUGCGUUCGACAUGCAUGCCUUCGACUUGUUUCUCUUCCUUUUUCUCGGAUCUACCAAGACUCUCGUUUGUGUGUGUAGGUCGCUUUUUAUCAAGGUACCCCGCUUGCAUUAUGGGAAAAAUCAGUGACAGACGUAUGUGUUUGUUUACUUUUGUUUAAUUGCCCCUCCCUUUUUUGUUUUAAAUAACUUUUGAUUUAAAGUAAACUUGUUGACCAUAAAAGUAUAUGAUCUGUACACUCCAGAGAUCUGAUUAUGCGCUUCUUAUUAUUUCUGUUCACUUCUGUUGUCCUCCGAAGGUUAGUUUGUAAGGAACCGCUCAAGCGUGGCUUCUUCCUGUGCCAUGUUUCCAAAGUGUCUCUCAGCCACUGACUGCGUGAUCGUUCAAUAUUGUGAAAAACACUAUGAUUAUUGAUCUGUAAUCAAGAUUGUUUGAUUAGAGCUAAGGAUACAAAUGCAUUUCAAUAGGGUUCAGGUCGGUGCUUUGCUCACUCCUUUUUUUCUUUUUUUUAAGAUAUAAAGUAAUAUUUUGAUCCUUAAAUGUAUUCCAAUCCUGUUAUUUCUAUUAGAAAUAUUUACAGUAUAAGUAUUACCUAACGCAUUACAAAGAGUGGCCAAUUUAACCAAAGUUUUCAGUCAUUAAUAUUCAGAUAUUUAAAGGAUAUACACAAAAAUCAGAGUUGAUUGUAUGUUUGUUGGUGGAAUAUAUUUUUUCCCAGUCAAAUUAUUGAUUAUUGACUAUUUUCUUCCCAGUCAAUAAAUCAGAAAUGUAAUGUUUUUUUCUGAGGAAAUAAUCUGGAUUGUGAGAUGUAAACACAAUUCUGUGGGAAAUAGUCAGAAAUUUGAGAAGUUAAUCUAGAAUUCUCAGUAAGAAAGUCAGAAUUUUGAGAUACCUGCUAUAUAAAUAACCCCUAGAAAAGAUUCUAAUGUAAAUUUCUAUUAAAGAUUAUAUUAUAAAGGCGCUAAAUUGUGCUCUCGAAGUGAACCAUGUUUGCAUAUUGUGGCUAAUAAUAAUAGUUAUUGCUCAAAGAUCAGACAUUAAACUUUAUCCAAGAGAUUCAAUAAACCUAAUAAAUAUAUAAUAUAUGUAUAAAAUGACAUUUAAAAUCUCGAAAUUACAAAUUAUUUAACACCUAUUUAUUAAACCAGACUCUUAUCAGCAGCUUGUGGUGGUAAAUAUGUAUCAAUUCUUUCCGAUCACAUUGCAUUGUUGAAUCUUCUAUUUAAUGCUUGAUGUUGGGAUUCUUAUCAUUUGUUAAGAAUGUAUAACAUCCUUAAUUUAAUUUGUAUGUUAUUUAAGAGGACUGAAUUAUUAACGCUUUGAGCGAAUGUUCGAUUUGGUUAUUUUAAUUGCGAAAUGUCCAAAUUAGGCCCUGCGAAUUAAACACUGAUGCAAUUUUUGAAACCCUUUUUACUUUGUGUAUUUGGUCACAGAAUUUUCUACGCCCUUUAUUUUGCCCUGCUGACUGAAAACACAUGCUGCGUAUCUGUGUGUGUACAAGGUGUUGUGCGAUUUUCACCAAAGCUAUUAAGGAUGUAUAACAGGCGACGCUUAAACGCUCUGAUUUUAAGAUCCGUUAGUCGAACCUGUCAGACAUUUCACGGGUCAGCCUUGUGUACGAGUGUAUGUGUGUGAGUGUGUGUGUUGAAUAUGUUUGUAUGGUGACCAGACACACAGAUGAGCUAAAGCCCAUUGUAAAAUCUGUAAAGUCAUAUAAGACGAUGAUUAUAUAUACAAAUGUUGAUUGUGGUAGAAUCUGGAUGCGACCUGUGUUAAGAACAUCUAGGACAAAGUCAAUAAAAUCGUCUGUUUUUCCAGAA